AUGUUGUUGCUGGUGGUGGGAGGCUCCUUUGGCUUGAAGGAGUUCACGCAGAUCCGCUAUGAUGCCCAGAGGCACAGAAAAAGGUUGGACCCUGAACUGGAGGCUCAGGUGAACGUCCAGAGACAGUCUAACGUCCUGGAGGACGAGUAUGAGAAGAUUCAGCAGGUGAAUCUGGACGAGUGGAAGAACAUCCGCGGCCCUCGUCCCUGGGAGGACUCCAGGGACUUCCAGGAGCAGCAGCGCAGUCGGCAAAACAAAGACUGA